AUGGAUCCGGACCCUGGGUUCCGAAGAUCUGGAGAAAAAUUCGAGAACGCAACCAGGUCUAUAAAGUCAAGGCAAAAGUUCAGCGCGAAAGAUGGCGAUGAUUUCGUCGCUACCUACAAGAGGGAAGCCAGUCUUGGCAUGGAAGAACUUAGCGGCAACCUGCUUCACACAAUCGUUGAUGUGGUGAAGCACAACGAGGAUACCAACCCGGCGGACAUGGAGUUUCUCGUCCGAAAGCUGGUUGGAAAGUACCCGGCUUUGCUGAAUGGUUGGAACAAGGAAAAGCAGAACCCUAUUUUCAUGGCCAUCCAAAGCGGCAGGAACAAAUGCCACCAACUUGUUGCGUACAUGGUCUCGGCAUGCAUGGAUCGGUCAUCAACAUCCACGGAUUAUGGCUGGUGCCCCGACGAGGCGCUGAGAAGGCAGGCUCAGGAUGGAAAGACGUGUCUUCACUUGGCCUUCAGGGAGAACCUCGACUCGGACGAGACGCUUAGGUUGCUGGUCAACAAUGCCAGUGAUAGAACGCUGGCUGUCCAGGAAGACGCCGUCGAAGUUCAGCGGACAGGUCGUCUCGCCGACAAAGAGCACGAGCAGGAUGCCGAAUCGCAGACAACGAAGCCGCUUGAGCGCGAAGACAUGAACAAUAAUGCCGCGCUUCGAGCAUGGAGCGAGAAGGACGGGUUAGUCAUGCUACCCAAUCUAGAGGCUAUAUAUCUCGUCGGGCCGUCUCCUAACAAGAUGUACGAUAGCCCAGAAUGGAUCCGCAACAAAAUCGAGCAAUUUCAGACUCGACUGAAUGCUCACCGCCGUCUUAGUACGGCUCAGGACCAAGUGAUGGGCCAUAUCGAGGUGGUCUCCAUUUCACACACAGACGAACAGCGCAACGCGGUCUCCAGCGACGCGCCCAAGCCCACCCCGUCAGAAAAGGGGGUCAACUCUCACCAAUGGCUUGAUUCUACAGCUAGAUUUGCUGGCGAGAUGGAUCGUUUCUGGCCAAAGACGGAAGACGUUGUUGUUGCUUUGAUCGACGAUGGCGUCGAUAUAUUCGACAGGUCGAUGGGCAACCGUGUUCUCGAAGGCAAGAGCUUCGAUUUCCACAAUGGAAAGGCCCGCCCCCCUUAUUCCUCGGCCGGGGGUUACGUGCAUAAGGUCUUGGACGAGGCUGUCCGCCGCAAGGUCCUCAUGUUUUGCUCCGCGCCCGACCGGGGCAAGUUUAGCCACACCGACUACCCAAGCGGCCCGUGGCGUAAAGGCUUCUUCCUCAUCGGCGCUGCGAAUACCGACGGCACGGUUUUCCGGUGGACGUCCGAAGAUGGUGUCAACUACGUCCUACCGGGCGUCGACGUUGUCAAGGAGGAGGUGGCGGGCAGCUCAUCACGCCACGACGCACUCCAAAGAGAUGCCACAAAGCCACUGAUUGGCUUCAGGUACGAGACCGGCUCGGGUGUCGCUACGGCCCUUGCCGCUGGCCUCGCUGCCAUGAUUCUCUACUGCGUCAAGACGACUAUUCUUAUCCUUAAGACGGCAAACCCAAGCAAGGGCAACAUAAACGCCAUCCCCGAUGACGGUGCUGAUCAUAUCGCCCAUCCUGUUGCCAUGGAGCACGCGUUUGCCACGUUAGGCCAUGUUACCCCAAACAAGUUUAAUUAUCCAAGUCUGGGAUCAGCUGGAUGA